CGGGGCUGGUUUACACAGCUUGUCUCCUCGCUGGGCUGUGAGGCGGCGCCUGGGGAUGCGGAAGCCUUAGGCUGUGUGCUAGACACGUAGUGCGAGCGGGGGCAGGGAGAGUCUGUCUGAAACAAGCCCCGGGAUGGCCCUGGGUGUCGGUGGCUUUGCAGUGGGGCGUCGGGGGUGGUUGAAGGCUUAAAAGGAAAGGGGGACAGGGGGUUCCCCUGUCCCGAGCAGAGCUGGAUGGGGGGGGCCUUGCCACCAUGGAGGGGGUGCUGUACAAGUGGACCAACUAUCUGAGCGGCUGGCAGCCUCGAUGGUUUCUUCUCUGUGGUGGUAUCUUGUCAUAUUACGACUCUCGGGAAGAUGCCUGGAAGGGUUGUAAGGGAAGCAUCCAAAUAUCCGUGUGUGAAAUUCAAGUUCACCAUGCAGAUAGUACUCGGAUGGAUCUGAUUAUUCCUGGAGAACAGUACUUCUACCUGAAAGCCAGAAGCACAGCUGAGAGGCAAAAAUGGCUGGUUGCACUUGGAACUGCCAAGGCCUGUCUGACAGACAGUAGGGCGCAGAGAGAAAAAGAGCUCACUGAAAACACCGAAGCCUUGAAAACCAAAAUGUCAGAGCUUAGACUGUAUUGUGACCUCCUUGUUCAGCAAGUGGAUAAAACUAAGGAAGCUAGCAUUUGUGGUGUAUCAGAAUCAGAGAAUGGAAUUGAUAUGGGAGCUCUCUUGAAAUCAACAUGUAACACCUUCCUGAAGACUCUUGAAGAAUGUAUGCAGAUUGCAAAUGUGACCUUCUCUUCUGAGUUAAUACAUCACCCCUCAUCGGGAUCUCCACACUUGGCUGUUCUCAAAUCAAACAAGGUAACCCCUCCCGUCUCCUCCAGUAGCACUACAGCAGAAAGGCAGAUGGAAUUGAACAGUUGUGAAAAUGGCUCCGUAAAGACAGAAAUUAAUCCUUGUGACCAACCCCUGAUUAACACUCUGAUACCCUCACCUCUGAAAUCUAACGAGGGAGACUGUGACAUUUCAGCUGAAAACCAUGUUGAAAAAAAGUUGACAGGUGAUGAAGUUAAAGACGAUGGAGAAAGCAAGAUGCUGCCCAUAGAAGGCAACAGUGCCAACGAAUCGCUGCAUUUGGCAAUGGAUUCCAUAAGUGGACCAGCUCCAUCACAUGGGGGAGAAGGAAAAGAAGAGGAUUUACCUACCUUCUUCAGUGUCAUGAACAAUAGGUUUAGUGACAUUGAACUCCAGGAGGGUGACGGCAUACCCACAGAGGAAUUUCUGCAAUCGUGUUACGCGAUAGUGCCAGUCUUGGACAAACUUGGACCAACAGUCUUUGCUCCUGUUAAAAUGGAUUUUGUAGGUAAUAUCAAGAAAAUAAAUCAGAAAUAUAUAACCAACAGAGAAGAGUUCAACACUCUCCAGAAGAUAGUGCUGCAUGAAGUGAGUGCUGAGGUAGCACACGUUAGAAACUCUGCAACAGAGGCACUUUUGUGGCUAAAAAGAGGCUUAAAGUUUUUGAAGGGAUUUUUGGCAGAAGUUAAGAAUGGAGAAAAGAAUAUUCAAACAGCUCUGAACAACGCUUACGGCAAGACAUUACGGCAGCAUCACGGCUGGGUUGUGCGAGGGGUUUUUGCGUUGGCUUUAAGGGCAGCACCAACAUAUGAAGACUUUGUGGCAGCACUGUCUGUGAAGAAGUGUGAUGAUCAGGAAGAAGCUUUUUAUAAUGCAAUGCAGAGAGACCUCAACAUUUACUUGCCAGCCAUGGAAAACCAGCUGAAUAUCUUGGACACUCUCUAUGAAGUACAUGGUUUGGAGUCAGAUGAGGUGGUAUAAUCACAGUGACACAGUACCUCAUAACUUCAGGCACUGCAUUUGUUAACGAGCUUUUCUGAAUGCCGUUUCUCUUCAUUGUAUCUUUCCUUUGCAUGGGAGGUGGAGGAGUCAGUGUGUGUGUGUAUUUUUAAUCUUGUUUGUGUUUAAAUGAAGAGGUGCUGUUUCUUUUAAGGCCACAACUGUCUGCAUGGUGAAAACCUUUGGGCUAAAUAAUUCUUGUUUUUUACAUGAAUGUAACAGAGCAGCAUUGGGCCUUCUUGCUCCAGUGCGUAGUACUGGGACCACAUGUGCGGAGAGGCAGCUUUGAUGGGAGCACAAAUGCUGUGCUGAUGUCACCAUUUUGCCCUUAUCCUGUUCUGUGCCUGUCCAAGUUGUGAUGCUAGUCUCCAUUUCACUGGUCUUCUCUCCAUCUGUGUUAGUGGCGGGGCAGGGCUAGUGAGAGCUGUGCUGCACAGAUAUCAGAAAAGAGGGCAGUAGAACUCUCUACCUUAUUAACUAAGUGGUUAGUCUGGUCCCAUCUUGAGGUAAAUUUGGGUUGCAUCCUUGUGUUUUAUACUGAUGACUUGAUUUUACUUGCAGCCCUGUUUUAAAAAAAUGUAAAGACUGUUACUGCAAGUGUUGCCUUGAUGGCCAGGGUCCCUGGGCCUCCCCUAAGGGUCAACCUGUCACAAUAGGGAUGCUCUCCCUGUGUCGUCCUUGGUACUCUCCACCUCCUCACAGGUCCAUGAAAACAGGAUUGUCUCUUCCAGUGCUACUAGGCACCUGCUCCUGGAGCUGUGAGGGAGUGUGUGUGUUUGUGUGCGUCAGAGACAGACGGAAAGAUAAUCCUUAAAUUCACUGUGACACCAGCCUUGUUGUUAAUGUCCCAGCAGGGGGAGGCCUCUACUUGGCAGAGGGAGAGAAGGUUGUCAAGAUGCAUCACCUUGAUCUUGGUACUAGUAGCAUGAGUGCUUCCUUUGCCCUUAUGUGGUUAACAAGGCUUUAGUGCUAAGUGCUGGAGCCAUUGGGCCAAAUAUUCAGUUGAUGUAAAUUGGCAAAGCCCAGGAGUAGCGCCAAGGUUUUUGGCGCCCUAGGCACAGAGCUGGCUUGCUGGUCCCGCGGCUCCGGUGGACCUCCCG